ACAAAAGCAACGUAAGAGAAAGAAUCGUGGCAAAUCGAGUCGGGCUCGAGAUCAUACAUAGUGAAGAAAAAAGAAGUUAUAUAUAUAAAGAGAACUUCAACGGAGGUUUCAAAAAAAAAAGGAGACAGAAAGAGCGACAAGUGUGUGACGAGAUCGUGAUCAAUUACACGUGACAGUUCUUUUUUUUUUUUUUCGUUUUUUGGUACUCCGUUGUUCGAAUUGAUUUUGUGCGUGCGAAGAUGAAUCUUUCGAUCAGCGCGACGAUCCUGUGCGUCCUGAUGGUGGCACUAAUGUCGGAAACGGCGUACAUCAGGCCACCCGAUUGGCAUCUAAGUCGAUACAGACGCCUUUCCGAUCAGAGACUCGCCGAGCUCGAAACGAUUUUGGCGCUACAAAAUGUGAAGGGUGUCGCGGUUCCCGUAGCAUUUGGAAAAGUGGAUCCAGCUGUCGUGGGGCGUAAACGAAGAUCCAUCACGGAAUCAAUUUUGGGUCAAUCUAAUCGGAUUCGUCCCUUAGUUUGGACGGAAGAUCAACGGGAGGAACAGAGAUUAUCGGACGAUUAUUUAAUUCAGAAGCUUUUCGGACUCACUCAAGGAUGAGACGGAAACUAGAAAAAAGGAGCAGAAGAGAGAGAAAGAGAGAGAGAGAAAGAAAAAAGUGAAGAACGCAAGAGAAAGGGAAAGCGAGAGAAAGAGGAAAUAGAGCAAUUAAAAUGGAUAUACACACUAACACACACAUAUGAACACACACGUACACGCAAACACACAAACUCGCAUUUAAAUUAAUUUCUCAGUGGUGAUCCGUCAGUCAUGAGCUUUCAGUUUGUUUUAUGUACCUUUUUUACGCCUUGAAGAAGUAAAUAAUUAACUUUCAACAAGCAGAAAUUACUGCGUAACGUGUGUAAAUAAUGGACUAGAACGGCAACAGCGGGAGAUAACGAAAAUGUAUAUAGGGCAUAAAUUACCGUGUAAAGUAACACGGUAGUCUUCUCCUUGGGACGAUCGUAUCCCCGGACUGCGUCCUCUUUAUUUUAAGUAUGUAUUUUAGAGAGACUUAACGAGAACACACAGUAUUUUAUAUAUAUAUAUAUAUAUAUAUAUAUAUAUAUGCGAAUAUUAGCUCAGUAUUUUUGUGACAAUGAGCGUAAUUUAUUUCUAUAAGGUAUCCAAGUAGCAAAGUGACGCCAUUUUGUCGCUCGAUGACGUCAUUCAACGUUAAAAUGGCGCGCGCUUGCUACCUAAGAACUAAAUCUCUUUCGCGAUUUGAUUUAUUAUACGAUCGCGUUAAUUUGUUUAUUCAAGAUGCUUAGAUUAAUAAUUAAAAUAUAGUAAUUUCGUAAAAAAAUAGUGAAAAAUUAUUCAGUUUUUAAAUAUCGCAGUCCUUUCUCGACUGCGUCGGAUGUUUAAAACGAUAUAUAUUGCUGUACCUAUUACAUGCAGACAUCGCGUAAUUUCGUAAGAAAACGCAAUCGUCAUUCUAAACUGGCUUUUCUCGAUUACGCCAGUUUGUUUCGCGGAACGCGUGAUCUCUCGAUUAUUCACAAUAUGACAUUGAGACUUGGAAAGAGACUUCUGUUCUUUCAUUUGAGAUAAAAAAUUACAGAAUCUUACGAAAUUUUUCCAUUUUCCCAAUAAAUAAUUUUCAUUGGAAAUUUUAUUAUUUUUAUUUUUACUCAUCAAUUCGUUGAAUACGCCAUCGCGAUCACUUUCAAUUGUUCUCUGAGAAUGGUGACACAAAGCUUUGAAACAAAGGAAAAAUGGAGCUUAAUUGUAUUAUAUCUCUUUCUAGAAUGCACAAGAGAAUCAGAGAAUAGUGCGGGAUCUAAAUGCAGCUUAAUUUCGCACGAUAUAGCAUUUAAUGAGAAAAUAUCUAUCUGAGUUUUUCCUUGCGACAAAUUUAAUUCGACAAAUUUAUUCUUACUUUGAUGAAUCUCUUUCCAAUUAUAAGAUACAAUUGUGUUUGUCCAAGCGAAAUUACGCGUCCGUUCUGUCUUUCGCGUACAAAUUUAUAUCGUGCUCGCCGGUAUAAAUUUUUUUCUCCUCCGUUAUAACACGCAAAGUGCUUGUUGUACUUUAUUGUUAGCAUAAAGGACCAAAAUUAAUAUUAAUCGCUUCGAAAACUUUUACGUUCGCCACGCGAGCGACAUACGUUGCAUUCCGGGCUCGGCCAUGUUUUCUUAUUUAGUCUUUAUUAGAUUCUUAUUUAGUCUCUUUUUUUUCUAUAUGCUGAUGUUUAAAAAAAUGAGACUUUAUGUCGGACAAGAAAAAAAAAGAUUAUUUGUUUGUCGAUUAGGAUUUAUCGCAGAUGCGACUGCGUAUUGAGAAAUGUUGCGCGAAGUGUUUUUGACAUUUGACGAAAUUAUCUUUUAGCAAAUGAUUAAUGACUCGUCUCUAGACGAGUUUUAUUUACUUUUCUCAAGUUUUUUAUUUAGAGAAAUUAGUUUAAGUAUUAAUUGGACUCCGUUUCAUGAGUCUUUACGUUCCUUACUAUUUUUAAUAUACUUAUUUAAUAUACUUAUUUAUAUGUCUACUACUUAUUUGUAAAGGAAAGAGAGAUACUAAAACCGACAUAUAUACAAUUUUUGAACGGAUAUUCUUAUGAAAUUGUAUUGCAAUUUCGAUGAUUUCAUUUCUUUUAUAUUUUUCUUUGAAAGUGAAUGAAAAUUGAGAUCUAAGAAAUUGGUUUUCAAAAUCGACUCACUAAAAAUCCACAGAAACACAACAAAUAGAUAAAAAUAAAAAUAAAACAAAUAUAGAAAUCUACAACUAAUAUUGUAGAAAAAUAUCAUAUGAAAAAAACAUUUUCUUAUUACUACUUUUUUUUAUUAUGUAAUUUGAC